AUGAUGAGCUUCAGCGGCGCCGAUGCGCUGCUGGGCUCCCCGUUUGCAUCGCUGCACGGAGGUGGCAGCCUGCACUACGCGCUGGCCCGAAAGGGCGGCGCGGGCGGAGCCCGCUCGGCCGCCGGCUCGUCGAGCGGUUUCCACUCGUGGGCGCGGACGUCCGUGAGCUCCGUGUCGGCCUCGCCGAGCCGUUUCCGCAGCGCGGCAGUCGCCUCGAGCACCGACUCGCUAGACACCCUGAGCAACGGACCGGAGGGCUGCGUGGUGGCGGUGGCAGCGCGCAGCGAGAAGGAGCAGCUGCAGGUGCUGAACGACCGCUUCGCCGGCUACAUCGACAAGGUGCGGCAGCUGGAGGCGCACAACCGCAACCUGGAGGGCGAGGCGGCGGCGCUGCGGCAGCAGCAGGCGGGACGCGCGAAGAAGGUGCAAGCCCUUCAGGAGGAGUGCGGCUACCUGCGGCGCCACCACCAGGAGGAGGUGGGCGAGCUGCUCAGCCAAAUCCAGGGCUGCGGAGUGGCGCAGGCGCAGGCGCAGGCCGACGCGCGGGACGCCCUCAAGUGCGACGUGACGUCAGCGCUGCGCGAGAUUCGCGCGCAGCUUGAAGGCCACGCGGUGCAAAGCACGUUGCAGUCCGAGGAGUGGUUCCGAGUGAGGCUGGACCGACUGUCAGAGGCAGCCAAGGUGAACACGGAUGCCAUGCGCUCAGCACAGGAGGAGAUAACUGAGUACCGGCGCCAGCUGCAGGCCAGGACCACAGAGCUGGAGGCACUUAAAGGCACCAAGGACUCUCUGGAAAGGCAGCGCUCUGAGCUGGAGGAUCGUCAUCAGGCUGACAUCGCAUCCUACCAGGAAGCUAUCCAGCAGCUGGACGCCGAGCUGAGGAACACCAAGUGGGAGAUGGCUGCCCAGCUCCGAGAAUAUCAGGACUUGCUCAAUGUCAAGAUGGCUCUGGAUAUUGAGAUUGCCGCUUACAGAAAACUCCUGGAGGGUGAAGAGUGUCGGAUUGGCUUUGGCCCAAGUCCCUUCUCCCUUCCAGAAGGACUCCCUAAAAUCCCUUCCACGUCCACUCACAUAAAGGUCAAGAGUGAAGAAAAGAUCAAGGUGGUAGAGAAGUCAGAGAAGGAGACUGUGAUUGUGGAGGAACAGACAGAGGAGAUCCAGGUGACUGAAGUGACUGAAGAGGAGGAGAAAGAGGCUACAGAGGAGGAGGGCAAGGAGGAGGAAGAGGGGGGAGAGGAGGAAGCAGAAGGGGGAGAAGCAGCAGCAAAGUCUCCCCCAGCAGAAGAGGCUGCAUCCCCAGAGAAGGAAGAGGCCAAGUCCCCAGAGAAGGAAGAGGCCAAGUCCCCAGAGAAGGAAGAGGCCAAGUCCCCAGAGAAGGAAGAGGCCAAGUCACCAGCCAAGGCCAAGACCCCCGUGAAAGAAGCAGCAAAAUCGCCAGCUGAGGUGAAGUCCCCCGAGAAGUCCAAGUCCCCAGCGAAGGAAGAGGCUAAGUCCCCAGCGAAGGAGGAAGCCAAGUCCCCAGUGGAGGUCAGAUCCCCAGAGAAGGCCAAGUCCCCAGCGAAGGAAGAAGCAAAAUCACCAGCUGAGGUCAAGUCCCCUGAAAAGGCCAAGUCCCCAGUGAAGGAAGAAGCUAAGUCCCCUGAGAAGGCCAAGACCCUUGAUGUGAAGUCCCCAGAAGCCAAGACCCCAGUGAAGGAGGAAGUAAGGUCCCCUGCAGAUAUCAAAUCACCUGUAAAGGCCAAAAGCCCUGGCAAGGAGGAGGUCAAGGCCCCAGAGAAGGUGAAAUCUCCCGUGAAGGAGGAGGUCAAGGCCCCUGAGAAGGUCUCACAGAAGGAAGAGGCCAAGUCGCCCAUGAAGGAAGAAGAGAAACCCCAGGAGGUGAAAGUCAAAGAGCCUCCAAAGAAAGCAGAGGAAGAGAAAGUUUCAGCUGCACCAAAAACCGAGGAGAGAAAGGACAGCAAGAAAGAUGAGGUGCCCAAGAAAGAGGCUUCAAAGCCCGAGGCCCAGGAGAAGAAGGAGCCUGCUGUGGAGAAACCCAAGGAGUCCACAGCUGAAGCCAAGAAAGAAGAGGCUGAAGAUAAGAAGAAAGCAGGGACUCCAGAGAAGGAGGCUCCUGCCAAGGAGAAGGAAGAGGCCAAACCCAAAGAAAAGACGGAGGUGGACAAGAAGGAACCAGACGAUGCCAAGGCCCAAGGACCCAGCAAAGCAGCAGAGAAGGGGCCGGAAAAGCCGAAGAAGGAAGACACGCCAGCAGCACCUGAAAAAAAAGAUGCCAAGGAGGAGAAGGCCUCAGAGGCCAAGAAGUCAGAGGAGAAACCCAAACCAGAGGCCCAAGCCGAGAAAGAGCCCAGCAAGGAGGCCCCCACACCCAGCAAAGCCAAGACGGAAAAGGCUGAGAAGUCCUCUAGCACAGACCAAAAAGACAGCAGGCCUCCAGAAAAGGCCACAGAAGACAAGGCUGCCAAGGGGGAGAAGUAAGGUAGGGAGAAAGGAACAUCCAGAGCAGCCACAGAAACUCAGGGGGGUCUGGGAGCUCAAGGGUCAGCAUAACAAAUUUUCAUUUUUUUCUCCCUUUUCUUUAUAUAAGAAGAAACUCUGCUUAGAUUAUGGGGCUCUCCUUCACCAAACAAGAAUUUCUGUUAGCAGUGUUAGCAAGGAAGGGCAUUCCCCACUCUGUCCCCCAUGCCCCAAACCCUCCCCAGGUGAUGGACCAUUAUGUUAUGAUAGCUUAUGUAGCGGAAUGUGAUAUAUGCCGAAUGCCACACGUAAACACUUGACUAUAAAAACUGCCCCCCUCCUUUCCAAAUAAGUGCAUUUAUUUCCUGUAUGUGCAACUGACAGAUGACCGCGAUAAUGAAUGAGCAGUUAGAAACACAUUAUGCUUGAGAUGUCUUAACCUACUCCCGAAUGCCUUCUGUUUUCCAAAGGAGUGUUCAGGCCCUUGCCCAGAGCUCUUUAUCCUGGAAGAGCCUGGAGUGGGUAGGGCUGGGCACUGGCCACUGAAUUAUGCCAGGGCGCACUUUUCCACUGGGCCACUUUCAAUUGUUUCUGUGCAAUAAAACCAAGUGCUUAUGAAAUGAAAAUGCUGCUGCUGUUAUUUAUUCUCUCCCCCUGGCAGGCCAGGGGACAGGGCCAAGGGAGGUCUAGAUGUCACAAGACUGCACAGGACUGA